CCCCAAAACACUUUCUGAGAUCGGCCUUAUCUUCUUCCUCCAUUUGUCCUUGACAAAAUACAGACUAUAUUCGCAUAAAUCCAGAGCACGAUCUCAUCUUCAUACACCACCAUAGACAAGGCGAAUAUCCCAUUGGAAAGCUUGCUGUUUCCAAGGCUUAGAAUAAUGGCAGAAUCUUCGCCGGCUGACAGCAAGAUGGCAGCAGCAAAGACUGUUCUCUCCGCGGCAGGCUCCCUCGCCGCCACUGCGAUGGUCGUUCGGUCGAUUGCUCGAGAUUUCUUGCCCCAUGAAAUCCGAGCCUACUUCUUCUCUGGCAUCCGAAGCUUCUUCAACCGCUUCUCGUCCCAGCUCACCAUGGUUAUUGACGAGUUUGACGGCCUUGUCUACAACCAAAUAUACCUUGCCGCUGAGAUUUACUUGGGAAGCAAAGUCUCUCCCAACACGCAGACCCUAAAGCUCAGCAAGUCAGGUAAAGAACGCAACUUUACGGUCACCAUGGGAAGCAACGAAGAAACCUCGGACGUCUUUAAUGGGGUCCGUUUCGAUUGGAUUUUGGUCUGUCGCCACGUCGAGUCCAGGAACUUCAACAACCCUCGCGACCUCACCUCCACGCUGCGCUCUGAGUUACGAUCCUUCCAGCUUAGUUUUCACAAGAAGCACAAGGAUAUGGUGCUGAACGCUUACUUGCCCUACAUUGUGAGGGAAGCCAAGUCGAUGAUGCAAGAGAGCAAGACCUUGAAGAUCUUCACCGUCAGUGACGACAGAAUUUACGGAAAUCUUGUGAACAUGUGGACCGGCACGAUCCUUGACCAUCCCGCGACGUUUGACACGCUCGCCAUGGACACAGACGUCAAGAACUUCAUUCUCAAAGAUCUCAAGAGGUUCGUGAGAAGAAAAGAGUAUUACAAGAAGGUUGGGAAGGCUUGGAAGAGAGGGUACCUGCUGUAUGGUCCUCCGGGUACCGGGAAAUCGAGCUUGAUCGCUGCAAUGGCGAAUUAUUUGAAAUUUGAUAUCUAUGAUUUGGAGCUCACGGAGCUUCAGUGCAACUCGGAGCUGAGGAGAUUGCUCAUUACGAUGGCGAAUCGGUCGAUUCUAGUGGUGGAGGAUAUCGAUUGUUCCAUUGAGUUUCGGGACCGAAUGGCUGAUCAAUCAUCAAAACAAUCGCUCCGUGAAACUGAUGAAAGACAGGUGACAUUGUCAGGGUUGCUCAAUUUCAUUGAUGGGCUUUGGUCGAGUUGUGGCGACGAGCGGAUCAUCGUGUUCACCACAAACCACAAAGAAAAGCUCGACCAGGCAUUGCUGCGGCCGGGACGAAUGGACGUCCACAUUCACAUGUCUUACUGCACACCAUGCGGAUUUAGACUUCUAGCUUCCAAUUAUCUUGGGAUUAUAGAUCACCAACUAUUUGAUGAGAUUUUGGAGUCCAUUGAAACCAUAAAAGUAACACCAGCUGAAGUAGCUGAGCAGCUCAUUAAGAAUGAGGAUCCUGACAUAGUGCUCAAGGGAUUAAUCGAGUUCCUCGAUCUGAAAAUGAAAGAAAACGAGAAAGCUAAGGCCCAAAAGCAAAGUGCGGAAAAAGUUGAGAGUGUGGAAGAUGAAAAAGUUGAGAGUAAUUAUGAUCAAGGCUAUGCCUUAUUGCUCAACGCUAAGGCUAGGGUUCUUUAAGAGGAGGCUCAUUAAUUUAUAGGAUGAUCAGAUCAAUAUAGAGGAUAUCUAUCUAGCUAUUACGAGAAGAAGAAAGUUGAAUGCCAAUAUUGUAAAAGAUCAUUUUGUCAUUACAAGACUAUGUUUCCAAAUUAGCUUUAAUAAAUUGUAUUGGGUA